AUGGCGCGGCCCGGGCCCGGCCGGCUGGCGCUGGGGCUGGGGCUGGCGCUGGGCGCCGGCCUGGGCCUGCUCUGGGUGCUGCGGCGGAGGCGGCGGCGCGGCGGGCGGCGGCGGGGGGGCAGCGGCGGGCAGGCCGAGGAGGAGGAAGAGGAGGAGGAGGAGGCCGCCGCGGGGCGCCGGAGCCAGGUCGUGCCCAGAGUGCUGGUUCCUGUAGAGGCGGGAGAUGGUGCUACGUACGCACCUCUCCCAACGCACGACGAGCAGGUGGAUGUGCUGGAGCGCCUUGACUUCGUGUUGAGAAACAUUUCAGAGCUAAGAAAAGAAGUGGAGGAGCUACGGAACAGCCUGCAGCACUUAGCUACAGAAAUCAUUGGUGAAGUCAGGUCCCAUCUGGAAGAAACCCAGAAAGUAACUCGCCGGAGGCGGUUCCCGUUUCCUAGAGAAAGAAGUGAUUCCACAGGCUCCAGUUCAAUUUAUUUCACAGCCAGCUCAGGAACAGCCAAUACGGACGAUGGAGAAAGUGAGGGAGGGUACACCACAGCCAACGCUGAGUCCGAUUAUGACCGGGAGUCCGAGAGAGAGAGCGAAGAAGGGGAAGAUGAAGUGAGCUGUGAAACAGUGAGAACUGCGCGACGGGAUUCCCUGGAUCUUGUUAACGAGGAUGAAACACAUUUAAUCUUAGAUUCCUCGCUAGAGGAAGGACUGGGUCAGCUACUGCAGCAGGCUGACCGCUUGCACAACGGAGAUGAGCAGGAGAAGAGAGAGGGAUUCCAGCUGCUGCUGAAUAAUAAGCUGGCGUAUGCAGACCAGAAAGACUUUCUUUGGCGCCUGGCCCGAGCACAUAGUGAUAUGUGCGAAAUCACAGAAGACACAGAUGAGAGGAGAUCGUACGCAUCUGAUGGGAAAGAAGAGAUAGAAAUUGCCUUACAGAAAUGGGAUCAAAGUGCUGAGUGCCAUCAAUGGUACGCUAUUCUUUGUGGGCAGUUAUCAGAACAUGAGAGUAUUCAGAAGCGCAUUCAAACUGGAUAUGUUUUUAAGGAACACAUUGAUAAAGCGAUUGAACUGAAACCAGAGGAUCCAAAGUCUUACUAUCUUUUGGGCAGGUGGUGUUACCAGGUUUCCCACCUGGGAUGGCUUGAAAAAAAGACUGCUUCUGCUUUGUUUGAAGCCCCUCCUACAGCCACUGUACAGGACGCACUGCAAAACUUCUUACGGGUUGAGGAACUGAGCCCAGGAUUUUCCAAAGCAGGAAGAGUGUACAUUGCCAAGUGUUACAGGGACCUGGGGAACAACUCUGCGGCUGUUCUCUGGAUGGAUCUUGCUUCAGAGCUGCCAGUUAAUACAAAAGAGGAUGCAGAAAGCGAGAGAGAACUUGAAGAGAUGCGGUCAGUCUGGGAAGAAUAAAUACGUAAAGGCUCAUUCCACUUCAUACUGCACAGACAGUAAAAUUCCAGUUAAAGGGGUUUCGUGAUCCUGACAACUUUGAUUGCACUUCAUGGAUAAGCCACAAGAGUUUACAGGAAAAAACACGCGGCAGUCUCAUCAGCACAUCCAGGAAAAGAUCUUGGCGACACCAAGAAGGUGAAGCUGACAACUGACGUUUCCUCUGACAGCUUCUGGGUACCAAACAGAAAAAGUACACUGUGCUGUACACUGACAGAAACGGUGAGGCAACAAAUCCUCUGUUCAGAAACUUCCCCAACUAUUUAGCAAGGCUUUCUUGAUGUCCCUUCAAAUUCCAGCUGGCAGCUAACCGGACGCUUGUUUUUUAACGUUUGUUACGUCUUGCCAUGUUGUAUAGUGUUUGUGAAGCGUAAAGUAAAAAAGUGCAAGAGUAAAACAUUUCUUAAUCACCUUUUUAGUACCUUGCACAUGUGUAUUAAACUGAUGGGUUUUUUACUUUGUGAAAACAACACUGAAGGGGAAAUGUGUAGCAAACUCGAGCUUAAAAACUUCCCAUUUUAUACAUUUGGCACUUUUUAGCUUUCCCCCCCCAAGUUAAACUCGCUAAAAUUGUGGUGCUGAACUCAUCUCAUGAGAUCCAGGCAAGUGUGCAAUUAGCUUUCUUUGCUUAAAACGAUAAAAACUGAUACUUAUAAAUGGAGAACUGAAUCCUGACAGGCUAAAGUUGAUCCCUUUAUUUUUUUGCAGAGCUCCCCUCGCGAUGAGUGGGCACUUGAUCGGUAAUGGCGGGACAUUUUUAUGCUUAAUGUAUGCUCUUAUUUCAGUUCUUCAGUGGAAUGAUGAAGCUGCCUUUUUUACUUAGUGUGAAUCUGUCUUGUUUCGAGUAUUUCCCGGUAGAUGACCCUUUUCUUCUAAACGUCCCAUCUUUAAAUAAUUGCAUGAGUUUUUCAGCUAUUUUCUUUUUGGUUGCUUAAGCCAAGCUGGGAAAUCCUCAAUAGUGAUAUCUGAAAGAUGAUGCUCAGCAACUUGAUUCCUUCAUGGAGGAUUUGCAGGGUUUGUUCUGGAAGGAAAUGCUAACAGCUCUCAAAACAGUCAUAUAGUUAGCUGUACUUGCAUUGCCUUUCCCCGCCAGCAUGUCCCAGAGUGACAUUAAUCAGUAAUGUUUGCUGUUCUGUGUCUUGCUUAAGCGUUGCUGCCUUCCAAAAGUAAAUGGUUUCAGCGUAUGUAAUAGGAAGAGUGCGAAAAGGAAAUAUUUACACUACCAAGAGUGGAUAGCUUUACUUAUUUGCAGACUCCUUCAAGCCUUACCUGUUGUUUAACUUGUCAAAACAUAAACUAUUUAGAGGAGUCUUUGGACUAUGUAUUUUCUGGAGAUAACUUUCACUCCGUGUUUCCACAGAUUUAAAUUCUCCUUUGAUUUUUUGGGGUGUCUGUUUCAAAACAACAAGGGGUUGGAGGCUUGAGAACAAAAUGCCGAUUUGCUGUUCCCUUCAUCUGCUGCUUGGGAUUCCGCGCUGGGUUAGGUUUGAGUGUUUCAUCCCAUUUGUGUUUGUUAAAUCUUUAAGAGGGGCAUGCGCGAGGAAAGCGCUUUGUUAAUUUAAUCGCCAAGGUGCUGUAUUGGUUGGCAGCACCUCUCCAGACAAGCGGCCUCUGUGAAAAGUCCUCACGAAAGAGCGCUGUAAAAACACAGCUUUGGGUUACAGACUAAACAGCCUGUUUGGAAACUGAUACCAAAAAUCUUGUUUUUCUUACCGAUAGAAGCUGAAGUCAUUUUCUUCUGGGGAGGAGAAGGCGUUUGGCGCAGUCGUGCGGGGCAUAUAGGGCUGUGACCAGAACCUUUCCUGUCUUUGAGUAAAAAUAACCUGCUUCCCUGGAGGAAAAGGUGGUAAUUAAAUUAUGGUAAUUCUUCUCAUUUGGUGUUCGUUCUCAGAUGGUUUCACACGGGUGCAACCUUUCAACUCUCACUUACUCUAUUUCGGACCUUCGGUGAAUGCUUUAAGCUUUCCGUGCAUUUGAUUGCCUGCUUCACUUUUGUGGGUUUUUUUAAAAAAAUAUACUUCAGUUUUGGCUUAAAAGAGCAGGGUCUGGCAUUUCGCUCCCACGUAUCCUUUGUGUGUGUGGUCUUGUCCCUUUCUUGGGGGAUCUGAAGUUGAGAGGUCUGUUAUUCUGGUUUUCAUACAGGAAGGAUUUCCUCCGGCGGCACAGCUCCUGCCUGGAGAGCUAGGGUGGAGGUUUGUGUCUAGCGUGUUAUUUUUUCUCAUCUGCUGUAUCUGCUGGAACCUAAUUAAUGCGUCUCUAAGACAACGAUGAAAGGCGAUGACAGAACUCGCAGAUCCUUUCAAGUGCAGAUAAAAGCUGUAUUUUGCCGUUCUCAGUCUGAUCUCCAGGAAGUUAUGACAUAACGAUCAAAAGAACAUUUUUGGUUUUGGUUUUCCCUUUUCCUGCCUUGUUGUGAAUAAGAAGAAUGUGAGUAAUUAACAUAAUUUAAUUCUGAUAGCAUAGCUUGCAGGUUGAUGUGGAGAUAAGGCGAGGCCGUGUAACUAAAACGCUUCCCCAUCGACAGUGCUUGGGGUUUCUUUUUUUUUCUUUAGCAAUCAAAUGUGUAGCCUCCUGUUAGCUCUUGGUAUGCCGCGUGCUGGGAAGGGGAAGCCGCUCCUCCUGCUUGCAAGGGGAGGAUGCAGCUCAAUAGCUGUCAGACAACAUGGAAAUCGAGACUUUUUAAAACCUGCACAUGCUUUGCAGACUAAUCCCAGAGUACAAUGUGAAUUUCUCGAAGACACCUGCACUGUAUACAUGCCAGGACCACAAGAAACUAAUUUGCCUGGUACAAUUUCGGUAGAGAGACUCUCUGUCCUGCUCCCAUCCAGAUAAGUUCUUCUGGACUUAUCCCAGGGUGAGAGAGAAUAAUUUCCUGGAGCUACUCUUGUCUUAAUUUUAAAACAUACCUACCUGUGGUUAAAUUAUGAUACUAAAGAAUAACCGAAGCUAUUUAACUAAUUUAUCCUCACUGUGCUGUUCUGUUUGAAAUAAAGUGUUGAUAAAUAAGGGGAAGGGGAUCCUGCUUAAAGUUACCUGUGUUGCUCUCUUGCUUUUUAUGCCAAUACAUAUAUAGGUGAAGAAACCCGACAGCCAGGCGCAGGUCUUCUGCGUAACGUCGUUGUACUUGCGCGCAUGGUGGCUGUGCCAAAUGCAAUAGGAAAUUACGGGAAAGUAAUGUACAAUAUUAUUGUUUAUAUGUCACUGUUGAUAUAUGUCAUAACGUGGGUCACACCUGUAGCAGAUUUUGUAUGUCAAUACAACUACUACUGCUUGUGUUUUUAAAAUGCACCAAAGUAAUCCAGCCACGCUUUGUGGCAAACGAUGUACUCCAAGUGAAGUUGUUUUUAAAUAAAGGUGGAUAAUCA